GUCUCUUAUUUAUAAGGCACAAGCACUACCCACCAAAUCUUCAUUCAGAUCAGAAAGUGAGAGUUUGGAAAAUUUUCAGGGAAUACUCAAAAGAAAAGAGAUAUGGGAAGAGCUCCAUGUUGUGACAAAGCAAGUGUUAAGAAAGGGCCAUGGUCACCAGAAGAAGACACAAAGCUAAAGGACUACAUAGAGAAAAAUGGAACUGGAGGGAAUUGGAUUGCUCUUCCUCAGAAAGCUGGUCUUAAGAGAUGUGGGAAGAGUUGCAGAUUGAGAUGGCUCAACUAUCUCAGACCCAACAUUAAGCAUGGAGAUUUCUCGGAUGAAGAAGACAGAAUAAUUUGCAGCCUCUAUGUUAACAUUGGAAGCAGGUGGUCAAUUAUAGCUGCUCAGUUACCAGGAAGAACAGACAAUGAUAUCAAGAACUACUGGAACACCAAGUUGAAGAAAAAGCUCAUGGGGUUGCUUCCUCUUUCCCAUCACACAAAACAACCUUCAUUUCCAUCAUCUAACCUUCAAAACCCUUCUCCUUCGUCUCACCAACUGUACGGAGAGUACGGCACCUACAUCCCAGUCACAGGCAUGGAACAUCUCGUUACCCUUCCUUAUGAAAGCACAACAACCUCAGUUUCUCAAACCUUGUACCAAAACCAAGACAACAUGGGCGGCGUUAAUCCCAUGCAAUGCUAUUACCCUGUGAGUGAUAGCAUGGUGAUGUUUGGAAGCGAAGGAAGUUGCAGUUCCUCCGACGGAAGCUGCACACAGGGAAGAGAAAUGAAGCAAGAAGAAAUCGGGUACCACAGCUACAAUAACCAUAACUUGAUGCUGAGUUACAACACUAACGAUGGAGAUAAAUCAUCAUGUGUGGGAGGGUUGUUGGGGCAAACGCUAACAGCGUUGGAUUAUGAUCUUGAGGAUAUUAAGCAACUGAUUAGUAGCAGUAGCAGCAGUUUGAAUAAUAAUAAUAAUAAUAAUGUUGAUGAAAACAAGGGAGAAGAGAAGGCGAUGUACUGCUGCUACUACUAGUGACUGCAACUGAUGAUGAUGAUGAUGACUGACUACUGGUAAAAGAUAUGAUGAUGGAGGAAGAAGGGUAUGUUGGUGUGGCAAAGAUUCAGGAUAUUGAUGACAUUUUCUGGGGCUCUGUGUUCUUUGAUUAAAUGAAACAUUUCUUGUUUUGACAGUACAUGGUAAAAGUUUCUUUAUAUUUUGUGCAUAUCUUCUCGGAAGUGGUGAUGAUGAUUACGAAGACGAUGAUGUUAGAUUUUUGUUGAGUAUGUAUAUGAAAAAACUAUUGAAGUGAUUCAAUAUCUUUCUCUUCUUAA